AUGCCACAUGUCCACCUAAUCUCAUCGUACCGAUACCCUGCGAUCCCCCGGCUCGAUUUCAACGAGGUUGCCAAGUGGCUGAUCAACGCCCCCCAAAUCGCGAGAGACCAAGCGCCCUUCUUCUGGACAUACCUCGAUAAGCCCGCCGACGGCACCAUCCUACUGACGUGGCAGCCUUUGUCGAGACUGGGGACCAAUUUCGCGACAGAUGGCUUCGUCUGGGCGCCCCCAGAGCAGAUCUACAAACAUGACCUGGGCAACGGACUGAUGCUUGAAAUAUACUACCUCAAGGCAGGUUACAUCCCUGGCGAGCAAUUCACUCUCCACGCUCGAAGACGAUUCCGACUCGUUCCUGUCGCUGGACACCCCAACCCUCCGCAGCCGGAUCCAAACUUGUUCAUUGUGCACUAUGGUCCUGCGGAAAUGAACGAUCGCGUCCCUGUUGCCAUGAUCCCAUAUGACGAGAGGGUCAAUGCCAUCAUGCAGCAGCGCCAUUUUCUCCAGAGAGCUGGCCAGAUUCGCCGGAAGGAAUUUAUGCUAUCCGACCGGGUCAACUGGCCUUCACUACCGGAGCUUACUCGCCAACAGCUAGGGCCCCAGAUGAACCCCCGUGGUGUACCUCAGCAGAUGGCAUACCCAGCCCAACCACCGCCGCCUGGGCCUCCCUCAAAGAGAGCCCGCCAUGGACAGAAUCAGGCCCAACAAGCGGCAUUACCGCCGGGAAUGCCACCGGUCGAUGCGGCCUUUGAUGAUGAUGAAGAUAUCUCGCGGGGAGACAUGUUUGACCACUUGACCCCGAGAGAGAUCUCAAUGAGCCGCUAUCAACAAAACCACGAGUGGAUGGAGGAGAUUCUGUCUUCUGCGUACAGAAUAGGUCAGAUUACACCCGCAGAUCUCGGAUUGGGUCUCAAGGGGGAGCUGGCAUCUCUGACAGAGGGUAUUUUCACUGCCCAAGGAGGCGAAGCAUACAGCCAGGCUCCCGAAAAGGCCUAUGUUGGACGUCUAGACCCCGGCCAGGCUGACGAAUUUCGCAAGCGGGUCGAUAAAUACGUCUCGACAACCCAUGAUGAAAUCAAAAAAAUGGAACAAGAACAUCGCGAAACAAUGGCUGCGUUCAAGGAAAACUCUAUUCUCAAGAUCAAGGAGCGAGAACUUAAAGCCAUUGUGGAUGGUGCCAAACACGAAAGUCGACCUCAUUCGGACGACGAACCUGUAGGUCGCCAAGUCUCCAAACACUCAGUCGAGGAAAUAGCACAACAGGUAGAGUCAGCAUCAGGUCGAAAGAUUGUCAGCUUGCCGCUCUCCAAGCGGAUUCAAGAUGGUGGUUUUCAGGCUCCUCCUCCUGAACCAGCAGCACCAGGCUCGACUGCAGAGCUCUCCCGACAGCCAUCUCGGGCGGGAUCUCAAGCAAGCGGUGCGAUGAUGGGUGAAACUGACAUGGACAUGGGCGAUACAGCAUCUGGAUUGUUAGACCAAAUGCACACCGGCUUCUCUUCCACGUCAACGCCAGUCAACAACUUCCCCACGCCUCAGACUCAUCUAUCCGCGGGUCAGUCUGGCGCGGCUACGCCAUCGCAAGCGGCAAAUGCCGCCUCACCAGCUCCAGCUCCUGCGCCUGCACCUGCGUCCGUACCUGCAUCGGCGCCAUCUGCUCCCGCUGCUGCCGCUGCCGCUCCGCCACAGCCGUCUGGAGAUGUAGAGAUGGGCGGAACUGAUACUGCCACCGAAAACGAGGUACGAACUACGCCCGAUCAUAGCACCGGUAGUGGAGAUUGGGUUGUAGUUCCCAAAGAUGGCAACAAUGUAACGGCUAAUGAUACGACCCAGACGACGCAGGCUCCUACCAAUGCUGCUACUACCUCCAGUGCUGCACCUGACUCUGCCGCCGCUCCUACUACAGAUGCUGCUGCUGCUACCAGUGCAGAGGGCGAUGACGCCAAGCCACCGACUCCAGCAGCUCCAAAAGCACCUUCGGCCGCGGCCACUCCCGCUGUCACCGAGGGAGGGUCUGUAUCUUUUGACCAGAAUGACUUUAGCUCUCUAGGCGAUCUAGACACGGCGGGAGAUGCCCUGGCGGGGUAUGACGCUCCAGAUCUAGACGGCUCAGCAGGUGGGCUGGAUGAUGGCUUAGACCUUCAGAUGGACAUGGAGGAUUCCGCGUUUGGAGAUGCUUUUCACGGCGUAGAUGCUUCU